AUAGAAGUCAUAAAUAACAAACGUCUUUUGGAUGUUACAUUUAACGUUAAAAGUUUCUCAUAUGAACAGAUGCAAGUUUUUACAAGUCUUUUGCCAUAUAGCUAUGACAGAAUAAUAAUUGGAAUAGGAAAAGUUUCAACUUAGUUGUAAUAAACAAUGAAUUGAAGUUUUUUGGCAGUAAUCACAUGUCAGUCAUUGCAUUUAAAACGCUAAACCGCCCAAUCUGGCAACACCGCGGCCAGCUCGGAGUGGCCGACCAAAUCUUUUGCUGGGUGAUUAGCAAUGAGUUUCUAGCUAUAAACAAAAUCUUAGCUUUCAAAAUAUUUUUGGAACAAAAGUGUUAGGGUUAAACUGUUAACAUGUGUAAUUUGUUAACUGAAAAUUCACGUGAGUCACACCGUUGACCCUGUACACUACGUUACAUUUAAAUCUUGCUGCAACGCAUUAGUUGUCCAACGUUACUUAGAAGUUUUACUUGCUUCGUUACCUGGCAACGUUGAACUUCCAAAGGGAGAUGGAGCACCAGGCAAAAUCUGACAAACGCUAAAUGAAACAAGCGCUAGCUAGUUAGUAAGGUACUCCAUACCUCGAUAAUAAUUCUACUUUGCAAAUGUGUCAAAGACAAGAUAUGGCUGUAGCAAACGCAAAGCCUCUUCUGAAAGAGUGCGAACUGAAACACUGCCUGCCACAAAUAUAUAAGGCCUUAUUGACAGCUUCAUGCCUGUCAUGUCCCAGUGACCCAAUACAGUUUCUGAAAGACACUCUUAUGGCCUUGCAGGGGCAUGAUAAUCUUCAGGAUGUUGACUGGCACAAGUUUGUUGCUGAUGCAGAACAGCACACUGCAACAACCUCUCUGACACGUAGGACUGUGGACACUGUCUAUGUGGGCCCACAUGACACCAUGCUGUCCUUUUGUCUGUUCGAGAAGGCCUACUCCUGUUACAGGAAACAUUUAACAAGCUCUUGCUUCAGGAAGUGGAAGAGGUUCACUACGCAGAGUAAGAGAGGAACCACAGAGCUGGCUCUGAAGAUGGACAUGACAAAGAAGCAUUAUGAGAGGAAAUGCCAGCGAGUUGCACUCACCAAAUGGUCAAACUGUGUAAAAUUACACAAGAAGACACAGGCUGUUGCCAUCGAGAAACUUGAGAGACUUUUAAACAGUGGCCACCUUAAGCGCAUCAUAGCUGCAUGGCGUAAUGUUGCAAAGGACUCAAAGAGGACAAAAGAGUACUUUAAGAUGUUGGAAAUGGGGUUUAUUGAAAUCGGCAAACAAGUCCACCAGAUUGGGGAAGGAUGUGAUGGACUCUCACUGCUCCCUAGCAGCCUCUCACUGAAGAUCUUUCAAUAUUUAGAAUUGCGAGACUGGCUAAAUUGUGCUGAGGUGUGUUGCACAUGGAAAGCUAUCAUCCAGUCAGGCACAUUGUGGAGUCAGAUCAACUUCUCUGUGGAGAAAGACUGGAUAACAGACAGCACAAUGAAACAGAUUCUGCAGAACUACCGCCCAUUUGUGAUCCACCUCAACCUGCGUGGCUGCACGUCUCUAAAAUGGCCCAGCUUGAAAUGUAUCAGUGAAUGCAGAAAUCUCCAGGAGCUCAAUGUGUCAGAGUGCUUUAAUGUUACAGAUGUGAUGGUUCAGAGAAUUGUCGAGGGCUGUCCCUGCCUGCUCUUCUUGAACCUUUCUUGCACACUUAUAACAAACAAAACUCUAAGAGAACUGUCCAGGAACUGUCUCAGCCUUCAAUACCUGAGUCUGGCCUACUGCUACAGAUUCACAGAUAAAGGGUUUAUGUACCUGACCACAGGGAAGGGCUGCCACAAUCUUAUCCACCUCAACCUGUCCGGCUGCACUCAGAUGACAGUAAAUGGGUUCAGGUACAUUUCUGCCGGAUGUCCUUCACUCAAGGAGAUUGUGAUCAAUGACAUGCCCACGCUGUCAGAUAGCUGUGUCUUGGCACUAAUUGCCCGAUGUCACUGCCUGUCUGCCAUUUCUCUGCUGGAUGCUCCUCAUCUUUCCGACGUCGCCUUCCAAGCCAUCGCUGAAGUAGCCAAACUAAAGGCUUUUAGCGCUGAGGGUAACAACCAACUAACAGACAUCAGCUGGAAGGCGCUGUGCAGCAGCUCACAAGACCUCCACAGACUCCACGCUGCAGAAUGCCCCAGAAUGACCGACGCCAGCCUCAAAUCUGUCGCUGCCCUCAAAAACCUGCAAUACCUGGACAUCUCACUUUGUUACAAGGUGCGUGAUAUUGGGAUCCAGUGCUUGACUGAAGGUUCUUCAUCCACCAAACUGAGAGAGCUUAAUGUCAGUCACUGCAGUCAGAUCACUGACGUAUCUGUCAUGAGGAUUGCACAAAGGUUGUGUAAACUGUACCAUCUCAACUUGAGUUAUUGUGAGAGACUGACUGACAUGAGUCUGGAGUGGCUGAGUGGCAGCUCUAUCUGCUCUCUUGACAUCAGCGGUUGCAACAUCCAGGAUCAGGGGCUGGCGGCUCUCGAGGGAAUUCACUUGAAAAAGUUAGUUCUCGCUGAGUGUGUCUACGUCACAGACGUUGGCAUAGAGAAGCUGUGCAAGAAUGUGAGAGAUCUGGAACAUGUUGAUGUGUCUCACUGUGUAGCUCUGUCAGACCCGGCCAUCAGAGCCAUUUCAUUUUACUGCAGAAGUCUAGUUACACUGCGGAUGUCAGGUUGUCCCAAGAUGACAGAUAUGGCAGUGCAGUAUCUGACAAGUGGAUCUCAGUACCUGCGAGAACUUGAUGUGAGUGGCUGCGUUCUUCUCACAGAUCGCACUCUCCGACACUUAGAUAAAAUGUGUCCUCCACUCUGCUCCAUCACGAUGGCCUGCUGCAGCAGCAUCUCCAAGGUGGUCGCCUUAAAGCUUCAGCCACGUGUGGAGUACUGGGAGCACAGCAAUGACGACCCUCCAUACUGGUCUGGAUACAACGUGUGCCAAAUAGUGCAUCCAAUCACAAGACCCAUUAAGACUGAUGACACCUGGGAAGUGGUGGAGCGGCACUCAGCGAUGACAAGAGCAGAAAGUACUGAGAGGAUAUAAACAGAUGUCAAGAAGUAAUGAUUUUGUAAAAACAGAGGUCACACAAUCACAGCAACCAUCAUCUUUGGGACAUUAUUUCAAAACAUAUCUUCAGCAUCUUCAACCAACCAUUUUGCAUGAUACGCUUGAGAUAAUCCACACAAAACUGAGUCACAUGGAUAAAAUCCCAAAUCACUGGUUAGUAAUCAGAUUAAGACUAACCUUUCUGUGUUCUCUGUACCCCACCUGUCUGGAUAGAGGCUCAGACGUAGCACUGUUUCAGCACCUCACUCACACUUAAUAUUUAAUCAGAUCCUGACAGUGGAAAGUCCUGUUCCGUUGACCCUGCUAGGCUCUAGUGGGUUAAUAACCCAGAUACCCAUAACAGAUAAUUUAGAUACCCAGUGCAUAAACAUUUGUGAAUUUUUAGUUUUUGAUUUUGAGUUUUGGAUCUUUUAUUAUUUUGUUUAUAGUACUGAUAUUGUUUUCUCGCUGUAAUAUAGUAUAUUUCAUUUGUACAAAGACAACACAUGUGUGUAUUGCUCCACAUAUUUCAUACAGUCAGUAGUCAAAAGUCUGCAACUUCUCAAUUGUAAGUUUUAAGCUCUGAAACAACUAAGUGGAUGUUUAAAAAAGUGUUCCAGCUGUGGUCUUAAGACACUAGAGAAAAUACCUCAGUCUUAAAACCUUGGAAUCCAGAUUGAGGACAAGUACAGAGAUGCAAUCACCAGAUGGUGUCUACCACUAAUUUUUUACCAAGGGUGACAGCAACAGCACAAACCACUGUGUGGAUGCAAAAGUUGGCAUCUUGAGCACUAAGACAUGACCAUAAUUGGUGUCUAUUUAUUUAAGAAACUUUAUACUUUCAUAUACAUGGAAGUACAACGCACUUUAAAUUUGAUCUCUCUGUCCCUCACCAUUUCAACAGUCUGAUUUCAGAGCUUGUUAAAAUUGAUUGUAAUUAUUUUUAAAUGUCUACAUUUUGUGAUUAACAUUGGUUCGUCUAUGCAGUGUCUGUGUACUCAGUGUUUUUCUUUUUCCUUUAGAAAUGUGUUUAAUUAUGCUCUUUAAAUUAAAAAUCUAUAUUCUUUUA